AGUGCAGUCUCUAAAGCACUUUGCUAACACUCGAUGAAUUCACUGAAGUAUUCCGGUAUUAACACUUUAUAAAUUUACGUUAAAACUUAAUCAUUAAGGUGUCAAAUACUGUGAGAAUAAGGCUAACUGUCUGGCAAGUGUAUUAAAUCCAUCAUAGUCAAAAAGCAAAUUAAGAAAAAAAAAUUGAUAGAUAAAUAUAUUUUAACUAAAUGGCCAAGUAUGAGAACAAUUUUGAUUUUAAUAUCCAUGGAUAACCCCCAAAAGGACGUGAAUUGGUGAUUCACUACAAUGACAGCCAAUGACAAAAUGGCAGCAGCCAAUCGAGUGGCACCACAUCUCACAGCUCAGCUGCCAGCAACAACACGUCAUGUGACUGGGCAAUUUAAUUGUUUAAGAAUUAGUAUAUUGUAAAAGCGACGUACGUUUUGUGGAUUUUACAAUAACAUGCUCAGUUAAAUCCCCAAAAAACAAUCUACGUAUUUCAUUUAAUAUUCAACGUACAUCAAACAAAGUGCAUGGGAGACGUACCGACAGGGGGCGCUACUCAGUGUAACGAUGAUAUUGUCCCAGAGAGAAUGUUUCCCCCCGGAGUUCUUUAGAGGACGGACACAUGACCCGGAACUAAUGUAAGACGAGCACACUUUAGCGAACCUAGCGGACAGCUAUCUGCCGUUUCUUCAAAAUGUCGGCUAAAUUAAACGCACUGGUUAGCGAUUCUUACGUUGACGUUAGUCAAUACAGAGACCAACAUUUUAAGGGUAACCGCUAUGAUCAAGAGAAGCUGCUGAAGCAGAGCCACACUCUGUAUGUAGGAAAUCUCUCCUUUUAUUCCACCGAGGACCAGGUCCACGACAUAUUUUCUAAAAGCGGAGACGUGAAGCGCAUCGUCAUCGGCCUGGACAAAGUCAAGAAGACGGCCUGUGGCUUCUGCUUCGUCGAGUACUACACGCGCACAGGGGCCGAGAACGCCAUGCGCUUCAUCAACGGCACGCGGCUGGACGACCGCAUCAUCAGGACGGACUGGGACGCCGGCUUCAAGGAGGGGCGGCAGUACGGCCGCGGCAAAUCGGGAGGACAGGUGAGAGACGAGUACAG